GGCAACCUGUAUUAUGCCAUUCGCUAACUAUGAUGUUUGGGUUUUAGCCGAUUAUCAGAUAUCUACAGAACAUUGUUACCGUUUCAUCGUGGAUCGUUAACGGGAGGAAGCCAUGCCCGUCGUUUGCAGGUCAUGCAGACGGUCUGUCUCUGCUACGACGGUGGUAUUUCGAGUACUGUAUUGCUCUACACCGGUGACCGUAUUACUACUGUUGUCGCUCGUCAACGUCACUACUUCCGGUAAGCCGGGCAACCAGGAUGAGUGGAGUUCGUUGUCAAGGUUACCAGCUGAGUUUUCAGUGACUGACCGUAGAGGAGUGUUUUUUCUGAGCAGUAGUGUGCCGGUGCCGAUAAACAGGCUGAAUUCUACGGAAUCGUACUCCGAGGAACUUAUCGGUAUUGUGAACUCACAGAAUCAUGUCAUAAGGGCAUCAUACGGACCUUUUCAUGUAGAACAAGAGAUAUUGAGGCAGAAUACAUCUAGUAAAUAUUAUUCGCAUACUGAUAUUGCUUCAUAUAUCGUUAGGCCAAAUGUUAGGACAUUUCGGCCAGCUAUUAAAGUGGUCUUUCACAUUACCAAUGGGCUGGAAGCCCACAACGGGGCCACGAAUAUUAAUCUCAAUAAGCAGGUGCCAUGUUUGAAACUUUACGUACUUUACAAUGACCAUGAACUUACAACAGCGUGCAGGCCGCACGGUCACAAACUUAUCUGUCUCGCUGAAGUUAUCGUUCCGCAGAAGUGGUGGAACGAAAUGUCACACAAUAGGAAUGAUCAAGUCAAAGUGUAUUAUACAAUAGAGGACUACGAGGAAAAUUCUCCGUGCGAGCAGAACAGCGAUAACUCAAUCAGAAUAGGGAAGUUAACUGGUGGCCAGAAGGAGCAAGCGUUGCACCGCAUUGGAGACGUUACAAUGUUGUCGCCACUUACGAAUUUUGACAUUAUUAAAGAUGAUCCUCACAUAUGGCUGAAUGUCUCGCAGGAAGAUUUCUUUCCUGGCUCACAAUUUGGGGUUAAUGUAGUCCUUCCUCCAAAUUCUACUUUGACAACUUUUUCUUUGAGAGCUAAGGCUAAACGGGGAAUCAAGUUUUCUUCAGCAAGCGAAAUAUCCAGUAGCGGUUGGAGAGUCUCGUCAACAGUCAAUCCAAAACAGUCUGGCACUCUUAUCAAUGUCGACAUGGAAGAAAUAUCUUCUUCCAGGCCAAAUGUUCCUGUUACUGUGUGUUCGUUCAUCUUUGAAGUGGAAAACAUCACGUCUUACAGUUCUUCAUCAGCGCACAUAAAUUGGAAAAUUGACUAUGAAAUGGAGGGAGAAACAAACACUGUCAAAACAAACACUAUCAUAAACGUGCUUGGUGGAAAUACAGAGGCUGUGAUGAUCCUGAGAAAAGAUCGUGAGUUGGUCAAUACUGCUUUGUUGAAUGGUAAUCAAGUCAGCCAUGCUCUCAGUAUUAUUGCAGUUGACUUUGAUGGCGAAGUUGAGGAUAUAACAGACAGAGCGCAUUGCAGCUCUGGAGAUCCAGCAGUUUUGAAAGUGGCCACAGAUUGCAGUAUGGUGUACAUGGAUGGCACAGAAACGAAUGGGUCGGUUAAUGUUGCUGUCACAGUGCGUCAUAGCCAUUUGAGCGAGUUUGUCAACUUCAGUGUCUACAUUCCAGAAUUCCCGUUGACCGUGGUUGUUAAAGACGACAAACUUAGCCUGAUAAAAAGUUGGAAGGUGCCAACAAAUGAAUUGCCUGAUCGGUCGACUAGAAACACAGACUACAGCAAUCCAAGUAUGCUACUUAAAGAAGAUACUGGUGAUGAAACCGAGAGAAGCCGCUGCCAUCUUAGGUACCAAGACACGGUGGUUGAAGUUUACACCCAUUUCUACGCUCCUGGUAUCGUUGAAGGUCAUAACGUGCCGCUAUUCAGUGAAUCAAUCAUGCAAAGGGUCACUCAUCUUGUCAAGAAUCAAAUGCAGAUGGCUGACAAAAACAUCGCAUCGCUGCAUGAAAAUAAAGUGAAAGGAUUAAGCCCCGGGACGACAUAUGUUGAGGUUAUUGCCCCUCACAGUAAUGCCCUUUUUGGAAGUAAAGAAAUUAUGGUAGCUGGUGAUAAGGUAUCCAUAAGAGAACUUCAGUUGAACCUGGUGACUGGUUUGUCGUUAACGACAAAGUCCUCUGAUCAAGCCACGAAUGUGUACAUUACCAAAGCAACGGCACAGAGAGCCCUGUUUGCCCAAAAUCAGAAAGGAUUCGUUGAUGUUCUUGUUCUUUUCGAUGAUGGCCAUACCAUGUCGCUGCAUGAAACCGACAGUGCCGAUUAUGCUGUUGAAAUGGAUAACUUGGGGAUGAAAAACAGCAAGAUUGUUCCAAUUCCACGAGCUCACCCUCCAGGUUUGAUUGCGCACGAGGAAGGCACAACACUUGUGAUGGUGAAGUUAUUAGUCCCCGAGUCUUGCCAGAAACCAAACAAAUCAAAAUUACUUAAAGAAACGCUGCUGUUUGUAAACGUGGAAUUUACUGACAGUGGGCGACAGAAGAUAAUGAACAAGUCUCGGGAUAAUUCAAUAGAUCCAGGAAUAAUGCACACUGACCCUGCCACGUUUCCCGAGGUGCCCCCCAAAGAUAAUUCUGUUGAGGAGCAUUCAAAACAUAGUGGCUUUGACACAAUCCCAAUUGAUGACCUGCCUGGAAUCAAAACAGUUGAAUCAACUCCAGAAGAAAAUGAUUACGAACCCCCACCGAGUGUUGCUCAUGAAACCGUUGGUUUGUCAGAUGUUGAAAUAGGAAUGUACGCGCUACUUGGAAUAUUCUGCCUCGCUAUAAUCAUUUUCCUCAUAAACUGUGUAUUAUUUGCGGCUCGCUAUAAAAGUAAAAGACUUCCUCCUGACAUGAGGAAUGCCAACGCACAUGAUUGGAUGUGGCUGGGAAAGUCCCCAGAGAGUUUGCAAAUGAAGGGGGUCAUACACGAAACAAUACCCCUCGAACUAAGGUCAGCACAACCUGACCAACAAGAGGGGAGUAGGGGGGAAGGUAGCGGGGACGAUGACAGUAGUCAUAGUAACGGUGAACAGGGUAAUAAUGAACCACUUCAGGUUGGUGACAACCUCAAUUCAGAGAGUGGUUACCAUAGCAAUUCAGGCUCGCAAAACGAGAUUCAGAUCAUUGUCAAUCCUGGACAUUCAGACAGUGACGAAGAAGAGAAUUACACAGAAAACGAUCGAUGUCUGCAAGAUGUAGAUACAGAGGAGGAAAAUGUGAGGGUGGGAGAAUUAGACGAUUCAGAUAAUGACGUGAAAAUAAAUAUGUUGUUUUCCUCAAAUAUGAGCACAAUAGAGGAAGAACUGCCACCGAGCACACAACAGAUGUCAAAAUGCUGAGUUGGGUUUAAAUGCUAAGCAUUGGAUUCAAAUAUUAAAAAUGGCAGCUACUUGGCCCGAAUAGAGCGGAUAUUGUGCUGCAAACGUAUUGCAGACGUAAACAAUUUUUUCCAAAUAUUGCAAUGCCAGGAGAAAGUGAAAGAUGAAUUUAUUUAAAAAACGUUUGUAUGGAUGUGUAUAGAAGGUGGAAAUGUCGCAUGUUCUGAUGUAGCUAGCAAUUUCUUGCACUGCUGAAUUUCCACUUAAGAUGGAUGCAAGAAUUUCUGCGCAAGUUACUUGCUGCCUCGCAAUAUUUUGACGUUUUGAAGAGAGCUGCAUUUUAAAUCUGUGCCCUUUUACAUUAAAACAAAUUGCAAACUUUUACAGCAAGCUUUCACAAAAUCAGCUAAUAAAUAACUUAGUAAAAAUAAGUUGGCAUGCCAAAUUAUAGAACUCAUUUGCAUUUUGCCAAAUAUGGUCUUAUCAGCAAGGAAAGAUGCAUGCUAAAGCAGAAGUGCUUUGUAUAUUACCACACACUUUGCAUAAAUUAGCAUAUUUUACCCACAUUUGGGAAGGCUGGGUGGGCACAGAUUUGUUUUGCCAUGCAACUAGUCUUACCAAAAUCGUGUAAUAUUGUUUAAAAAUGCUGUAAAUAAAAAAGAAUACCCAUGGUUUAAGGCUACUCGAAAAACAGAAUUUAGUUCUGGAACAUGGGUUAAACCAUUAUCAAUAGGGAUGUAAAUAUAUCUAAAAAAAUAAUUGCCCCUGCAAUUGCAGCCAUAUUGUUUGGCCAGUUGAAAAAUCCAUGACAUUUAAGACUCCCUAACUGAACUUCAAAAAGUUGCAUUGGACCCACUUCCAAGUUCAGAUCUGUACAGACUUCAAAAAUGCCUAAAUUUUAGCUACAUAGGUAGAAUUUGCUACAUUUUAGAUGAAAAAAUUUGUAUUUAUAUAUUGAGCUUAUUUAAUAUGUACAUAGACCUGUUGUUUACAUUUCUUUACCUGUCGUUUUCUUUGCCUCCCAAGUUGUAUCCAGAAUAUUGUUGACUUUCCAGGAUCACUCCAUUGUAUGUCACCGCACUGAUCAUCAGAUUUCUUAUGCUCUCCAUUGAGCCUUCAUGAAUGAGGCCUAAACAGAGAGUAUGUUACAGAUUUACCCAUAAUUCCGUUGUCUAUUUUCUUGUCAUAAGUGAUGUUCUGGAUCAUGACAUGGAAGAUUUUAUGUGAAAUAAAAAAAGUUUCUUAGACAAGAAA